AUGGCAGGAAAGAUUGUCUCUUUCAAUCUGGUCCUGUCAGAUACGUCGACCAACCAGCCUGGAUACUCGCAGGCAGACAGCGCCCUGUUAUACCCUCCUUCUCAGUCCCCCGACCCGGUCAGCACGUUGACUCACCUGGGGACGCUGCUGGCCGGACACGACGCACCGAGGACCGGCGGAUGGGACAGGAGACUGGACAUGGGGUUUCAAGGCUGUCAGUUACUGGGAUCAACAAGGGAACCAGGAAGAGAAGCUCACGCAGACCAGAGUGUCACCAUCCUGCACGCCAAGGUCGCUCAGAAGUCCUACGGCAACGAGAAAAGGUUCUUCUGCCCCCCGCCUUGUGUUUACAUCAGCGGUCCUGGAUGGAGAGUCAUGCAGGACCAUCUGAAAGAGGCCGGCUAUGGAGACUCUGUAUAUCGAGUGUGUGGCUACAUGUGUCUGGACAGCUCCAGUCAAUCUCAGACCGACACAUUUAAACUGGUCUUUGACCAACAGCCAAACUCCAGGUGGAGGACCAGCGUGCUGACCAAGGGGACUUUGUGCUGAGCGAAGGCUUCAUCUGUUACGGCUGUGUGGUUCAGUUAGUGUGCACUGAGUCUGGAGUUACUCUGCCACCCAUGGUGAUCCGUAAGGUCAACAAGCAGCACGCCAUUUUAGACGUGGACGAGCCGGUUUCUCAGCUCCACAAGUGCGCCUUCCAGUUCAGAGACAACCCAAACGCAUACCUGUGUUUAUCUAAUGACACCAUCAUACAGUACCAGGCCCCAUCCAGUGUCAGAGACCCCAGCAGAGUGGUGCUGAACGACGGAUCCUGUUGGACCAUCAUCGGAGUGGAAGUAGUGGAAUUCAACUUUAAUCAGGGUUUUGCCUGCAUCCAGACACCAGUUACUCCUUUUCCUGUUAUCACUGGGUUAGAGGUGAAUGGCGGAGGACAUGUUGCCAUGCUGGAGAUCCACGGAGAAAACUUCAGCCCUCAUCUCAAAGUCUGGUUUGGAAACAGCGAGACUGAGACGAUGUUCAAGUCUCCCACAUCUCUGCUCUGUGUCGUUCCUGACGUCUCGGUGUUCACUGACGGUUGGCGCUGUUUGCGGCGCAUCAUCACUGUCCCCCUGUCUCUCAUUCGACUGGAUGGCCUGAUUUAUCGCACCUCCUUCAGUUUCACCUACACCCCCGAGCUUCAGCCAGCUCCGCCCGUCCGAGGAGCAGCAGGAGGAGGGAAGAGGGAGGGAACGAUUGAGGGAGGACAGGAGGAAGACAUCCUGUUAGAGACCAUACAUCAGGAGUUCACCAGGGCAAACUUCCACCUCUUCAUGCAGAGUUAGAUCACCUUUUGAUAGUGGUUAGUUGGUUUUGGGUUAAUGCCGAUCGCGUGUCAAUGAACUGUGUGUAGAUUUAAACCCAUUCUGGACCAAGAUAUUCCCUCUUCGUCCUCUUAAUCUAACCUUAAUAUGUUUACUGGAGCAGAACAUUUAAUAGAUAUACUGGAAAGACUAUAUAUACUAAGAUAAUUAUGAAGAAUCCAGUUCACGCCAGUUCAUCCAAACUGUUCAGAUUGUUCUCAAAUCAAACACACAAUCCUCCAAAUAUGGAUUGUAGUUGGGACACAAUGGUGCUGUGUUUUAAUUAUUUUGUGGGUUAUUUUUAUGCCUUGUAUUAUAUAUAAUUGAGAGAUGCAACAAGGGUCCCCAGCCAGACUGUUGCAGUCCACUUUUGGCUUAACCUCCUCUUGUGGAUGAGUCUUGACCCAUAAGCACUUGACGGUGCUACUUUUAUUUUGAAAAUGAUAUUCUUAUGCUACUUAUUUACAUUAGUGAAAGUGUGUUCGGUCCCUUCCCGGUCUUCCACUAGAGAUUUUCACAGCAGUAUAACAAUAUCACCGUUAACUGUAUUAAUACUAAGUGUUGAAUGUGAACAUAAAUCAAUAAAUUAAUAUUAUUGGACAUUUUAGGAAACAGGGCUCCUUGGUCCUUGCUUGUGCAGCACUCGUGUGACACAUUUGCUCUGUCUGUGGAGUAUGCGUGACGAUUCAUGAACAUACCCGAACCAAUAUUUAUUUUAUGCCUAAAUCUAACCAAACCUUUCCCACAGUAGUGUGGCUGUUGAAAUUUCACAAAUACUUACACUUGUUCAAAUACAGAUGAAAAGAAAACUUGUACCAUAUACCUGAUUACUUUAUGGUUGCGUGAGCAGGUACGUUUCCAACAAAUGGCAGCUUCCAAGCUGAACUGAACAUUAUUGGACGGCUAGACAGUAAGAAAAUAAAGAAAUAAUGAAAAAAUAAGUUAAAAAAAAAUGAACAAAGGUGAGAUGGACUGAUGUGUUGAAGAAAUUAAAAACUGCAGGAAAACUUUGAAGCCUAUUACAAGGAUAAAUCAUAAAACAACAGAAGUGGAUCUGAUCCCACCAACUUCCUGGUUUACAUAAGCAUUUAACUGCAGACACUGACUCAUCUCCAUAUCCAGUGAGAGGCUGCUCUGACCUCUGUGGCAGACGAGCAAAAAGAGACUUUCCCUAGAGACAGCUGUGAAGUAAUUAAUAUUAUCUGUUGCCAUCGGUAAGACAUUGGGUUUAAACACAGCAAACGCCCUAAAUGAUUCUGAUCUCUGUGGCACCAGAGAAACAUCCAUACGAUGCAUUCAGUGUCACCGAGAGGCAAUAAAACGGUCAAGAGUGGAAAAUGAACAGUGACUGCCUCAAAGAAGAAACAGAGAGCUAUAGAAAGCUGUAGCAUGAUCGCCGGCGUGAAAGCAUUGGGAAGAAGGAUGUUUUUUCUGGAGAAUGGACACGCGAGCCGAAGUUAGAGUGUUAUGAGAGAAAGCAGCAAUGAAACACUGUCUGCUUCCCUUUUGAUCCUUUGAGAGGCAACGUUCAACCCAAUAUUCUGUGAGAAGAUGUAAGCUGAAGUGUAAUGUGAGUGUGAUUAGUGUGUGUGUGUGUGUGUGUGUGUGUGUGUGUGUGAAUGGCACUUUGUUUCUCAACUGUAACUGUAAUAAUUCAUGUGGGUUUACUCCCACAGGAUCUUUCUGAAUGUUUUCAAUUACUUUACCAUCAGAGCUUUGAUGAGUUAUGUAAGAGACCCAAUACCUUUUUAGUUCAGUUUUGGUAAAAUGAUAAAAGUUUAUGGUACAUCAAAAAACUUAGACCUAAUCAAUCAUUGCUUGUGAGAAAAAGCUAUGUAAUUCAAUGAAUUUUCUAAUCACUUCAACCUUAAAAAUCAACUACUAAAGCCACAUUUUACCUUAUUUUUGUAACUAUUUACAACACUUAACAGACAUUUCUGACAUUGUUUCAAAAGAAUACGGAACAAGUUGUUACAUUCAGUGAAACAGUACAACUAAAACAUGUCUGCAUUAAAUUGUCCAAAAACACUAGACCUAUGCUAUAUAUUUUGUUGAGUUGUGUACUUCUAUUCAUUUCAUGA